AUGGCGUCGAACCCGAAAACCAGGCAACUCCUCCUCGACAAAUGCCGCACAAAGUACUCCUGGAUAUCCGGUGUCGCACGCGGCACCCCACAUGCCAUCGGCAGGUACAAGAAAGACCUUGAAAUUGCAUUUGCGGAAAUCAAUGGCUUGAUGGCUGGCAUGCAUUUCCAGGACCAAGCAGAUAUCAACUCGGAACACACGUACCCCAGCGAGAUCUUCGAUAGUGACCUACUCUCCUCCGAGCCCGUUACUGCCGUGGACGAUCAACCCAUGGCGUCCCAGUGGGCUGCCAUCCGCAGCUUGAGAGAGGAAACCGCCUUUCACCACAAGCGAUUCCAACAACUGGCAACUCACCUAAAUGAUCCCGUCAUUUUCAAGUUGUUAGACAUCUACCCAGAUGCAAGGAGCAUUCGUAGCGAAGGCGCUCAGCUUGUCAUGGAUGUGCUGAAGGGCUUCCAGCCGCGUAAGCUGUCGCUCGUGUUUGCAUUCACCUGCUUUUCCUACUCCAUCUCUCAGCUCCUUCACAAAAAAGGCCGUCUUGACAAGGCCGACAUUCUUGCCGACAUCAAAACAUGGCGAGACAUGAUUUCAGAUCCGAGAGAAAAACAAGCCUUCAACCGUCUUGCUCCGGAGCUGUGGCCCGAGGCAAAGGACCAUCUUCACUUCAUUGACAUCCCCGAGCAUCUUACGCGCGGCCUUGUCGUAUCGGCCGAUCCUUCUUCCCGACUUGCAGGUUAUACCGGAUCAGCGGAACCCCCAAUUCCACAGCAUCCGUAUCUCCGACCACUCGGAUCGACUUUUGCGGAUCAAACCGGCAGCCUGGAUUUCACGGACUGUUACAACUUCCACGACACAGCCCCGGAUGCCAACCUCCAGGAUAUCGUCACCAACGAAGAGAUUGUCCGGCUGCUAACACUAUCCCACGAGGUAAACAACUAUGCGGCCAUCGGUGCCCCAGUCAGUCAGCCUCGGCAUGAAGAGCCACCCGACACGGGCUGGCCACCGCCAAUCGAGACCAUGAACCCUACCUAUCCUGGUCGCCUUUCGAUACCAUCAGUGAACAUCUGCUCUCCAGGUGCGGAGAGUGAGUCUUCACAAUUGGGUAACGACGAGUCAAAAGACCCAGAUCUCAAGGAAACCAUCGUGUUUCUUGUCGUCUUCACCUUCCUACAAGAUAUGGGUCAGCUCCUUUACAUUCUCUCAGGCAGAAGUCUUACGUCUAGGUGCUAUGAGCUCUAUCGGGCAGAGCAAGAGGACCAAGUAGCAUUCAACAUGUCUGCCCAAGAAGCCUUCUUCAAACCCUGUUAUCAAGAUCGGAACUCCGGCUUCCCGGCUGCCAUGGCCCUCCUCUCUGUAGCUGAGACCUUUACGAAAAACGGAUAUCUGAAAAGCAUUGCCGAAAUCAAGCACUACUUGGUUGGGUUCGCAGCUGCAGUCUUUCCGCCGGGGGCGGCCUUUGAGCAAUUUCUCUCCUCAAUGUUACAGAGCGCUCUCGUGCCCGCGCAGGCUCCAGCCCUCAACGGAGCGAGGAAGCGGCAGAUGUCGGCAGACGAGGAACUCUCCUCGCCAGAAUACAUCUCGUCACCAAGGGCUACGAAGUAA